AACAAAGCAGAAAGCAUGGAGACCGUCCGAGGGGCUGAACGGCGACGGCGGCAAAGAGACGGCUGACGGGCGCACAGAACACGCUCUGACCUCCCCUGGUGACGGGAUCUGUAUGGGAAUCGUCCUCCAGGUGGAGUUCCUGUGGGCCCCUUAUCUUUUCUUGUAAAUCGGUAAUCUUCAGUGUAUGUAUACUUUUCUCCAUACUAAAAAGGAGAAGCUGGUUAGAAGGUCCUUGGAGAACAAGAACACACAUUUAGGCCUAAGUCUGGAAGAUACUGACUUUGAAAUGCCUCAGCCAAGUGUUAGUGGAAUGGAUCCUCUUUUUGGGGAAGCCUUUCGCAGCCCAGCAUUUGCUGAGCAGACUUUAAUGAGCACAGAACUUCUGGCUAGCAGCUCAGACCCAGACUUCAUGUACGAAUUGGAUCGAGAUUUGGGUUACCAGCAGAGCCCAACAGAUAAUUUCCUAAUGGCGGAAGACUGCAGAAAUUUGGAGUCCUUGGAGUCCUUUGCUGACAUCCUGGGGAGUAGUCCAUCCCCUUCUUCUCACUGGGAGCAGUGGGACACUUAUUGUGAGGAUCUAACAAAGUAUACAAAGCUAACAAGUUAUGAUAUAUGGGGCACAAAAGAGGUGGAUUACCUUGGCUUGGAUGACUUUUCAAGUCCUUAUCAAGAUGAGGAGGUCAUCAGCAAAACACCCACACUUGCUCAACUUAACAGUGAGGAUUCACAGUCAGUGGUUGACUCCUUUUGUUGUACAGAAGGCUUGUUAGGAACGAAAGCCACACUUCUUCCAGGUAAGAAGGUGGCAUCGGCAAGGGUAACUGCUCCACUUAGCGCAUCUAAGACUUCUCCAACUGACAUGGCUUUGGCUGAUUGCUCCCUAAAAGCUGCCAAGGCAACUAUAAGUACACAGAUGGCAGCAAAGACUAAUAUUUCUUGUCAGGAGAAGAUCAAUAUUCAUGUGGAAUGCAAGGACUAUGUAAAAAAAGCCAAGGUGAAGAUCAGCACGGUACUUCCCACCCGACCGACAAGCACGGUGGUUGCACUAGACGCAGCCAAAGAAAACACCUGUUUUUGUGGAGCAAUGGCCAAAAAACAGGAAAGGACAAUAGAUGAGACUUCAUUAGGCCGGAAAACCUGUGCCAUCUUGCCUUUCAGAGAGACUCAAAAGCUAUUUUGCCCACCUCAGAAUGUGGUGACAGUUGGCACCAUAGAAGGGAAUGUUACUGUAUCAGCUUCUGUUUCUGACCCCUCGCAAAAGGAGGAACACAACUACUCGCUUUUUGUCUCAGAGGGGCUUACAGAAUCUGUUAAGAGUGAAGGACCACAGGAUGAAGAGGAAGAAGAUGAUGAGGAAGUUGAUUUGGAUGAAGAAGAUCAUGAUGAGGGUUUUGGUAGUGAGCAUGAACUCUCUGAAAAUGAUGAGGAGGAGGAAGAAGAAGAAGAGGAAGAAGACUUUGAGGAUGAUAAGGAUGACAUUAGUGACACCUUCUCUGAACAAGGUUAUGAAAAUGAUUCAGUUGAUGACUUAAAAGGGAUAACUGCUGUGUCAUCGAGAAAACGAGGAAAACGGCGGUACUUUUGGGAGUACAGUGAGCAGGUAUUGCCGUCUCAACAAGAAGGAAUACUGAGACCAUCUGAGUGGAACAGAGAAACUCUGCCUAGUAAUAUGUACCAGAAAAAUGGUCUGCAUCAUGGAAAAUAUACUGUGAAGAAGUCUCGCAGAACAGAUGUGGAAGAUCUAACUCCCAACCCCAAAAAACUUGUGCAGAUUGGAGGAGAGUUACGUAAACUUAACAAAGUCAUUAGUGACUUGACUCCUGUGUCUGAGCUUCCUGUAACCGCCAGGCCUCGCUCUCGAAAAGAAAAAAACAAAUUGGCUUCAAGAGCUUGUCGGCUAAAGAAAAAGGCACAGUAUGAAGCUAAUAAAGUAAAGCUGUGGGGCCUGAAUACAGAAUACGAUAAUUUGCUGUUUGUGAUCAAUUCAAUCAAGCAAGAGAUCAUGGCUCGUCUGCAGAUCCCCUGGGAGGAAUGGUCAGCAAGCAUGGAACAGAAACUGGAUAACCUUAUCAAGGAUACACUUGGUUCGUCAGUAGCAGGCCAGACAUCUGAAUUUGUAAAUCAGGUUCUGGAGAAAACUUCAGAGGGAGAUCCCACUGGUGGCCUAGUGGGACUCCGUAUCCCCACUUCAAAGGUGUGACGCCUUUUCUUCGCAGCCAGUGCUGAUGCUUCAUCAUCCCAUGUCUUCUACGAAGUCUGCACUAAAAACUCCCUUCGAUUUUUGCAUGUAUAUCCUCUCACCAUCUGUUAUGAUUAUAUUUAGCAGGUUUGUUGGGUGGAAUAAGCAAACUGACAGGUGCGAGAACCCAUUGCAUGGAACUCUGUGUUAUCACAAUGUCUGGCUGUUAGUGGCUGUUUGUUCAUAGAGUACUGUUGGCAACAAUUCUAUCAUUGCCAGAGAGUUUAUAUAUUCAAUUUAAAUGUGCAAAAGCAUAUAGGCAACAUUUAUUGUAUUUGUAGUGUUCGUCUUAGAGUCAGAAACAGAUUUUUUUUUUUUUUCACAUAGUUUUAAGCUAAUGCCAAAAUUAGCUGGAAUAAGCUUCAGACACAAGUGAUAAUAAGCCACUAUCUGAAAUGGGAGUUAGAGACAUGAUUCCUGUUGUAAAUGUAGAACUUGGAUGCAAGUUCACUGCACAAAAUGUUGCAGUAGAAGUACAAAUGUCGACAAGUGGCUUUACAGAAAAUGUGUAUGUCGAUAAAAUAACAUUGCGAUAUCUGAUAGUUUGUCGCAAGUGGAUCUAUGAUCUUAAAAGACUUAUCUUUGUGCCUUGUAAUUUACGGAGUGAAAAAGACUCUUCUACAGCUUAAAAGCCCUUAAGGAUUUUUUUUUUGUAUGCUUUAAAACAUUAUAAGAUAUUUUAAACCUUGUAGGGUAGUGGCCUAAGAUGCAUAGUUUGGUGCAUAUUUAUGGGGUUAAGUUUAAAUGUUAAAAAAAAAAAAAAAUCCUUGUGACUUCCUCUUUUUUCCGAAUGUACAUAGGAACAUGUUGAAAAUGUAGAUAUGUGCCACAGAGUCUGUGAAUUGUAAUAGAAACAUAAAAAAG